UCGCGCCCGGGGACAGCGGACGACCCUCCCGCGCGGCGCGAGGCGAGCGAUCAUCUCCGGCGCGAGUCACACGGAGGCGAGGAUAUCUCACAGAGGAGGAGAUAGCCGUGUUAUUCACCGGCCGUGAAUGCGAACUCCUCGGGCCUCGGCUGAUGGUCAGGCAGCGGUUGAAUAUACGCGUCGGAUGAAUUGAGAAGAAAAGCUGAACUCUUUGACCAGUCACCCUGCCCGGCGCGGCGCGUGUGUGCAGCUGUGUCCAGCCCCGACGGAAGAACUACUCCAGGACGGUAUCAUGGAAAAAUACACGCCGCUUUCCUGCAUGCUGUCGAGAUGCCAGCGGAUAGUUUGAAUGAACGUUGUUAUUAACAUAGCCUGUGCUUUUAUGUCAGGUUCUACGUGUACUUGUUUUAUUUUGCGUAGAAGGAAAGCGCAUAAUAGCCUCGGUUAUGUCCAGAUGACAACCUGCAUCUGGUCUGACAGUGAUGCGACAGCAUUUAUUACAUGCACGUAGUUUUAAUAAGCUGUUCGGGCGCUGCUGGAUCUUAAACUGUUGCGUUGCGAGCUGACAGAAGAAUAAGGUCUCUUUGUCGUCGAUCGCUGAGGAUCUAGGAAGAGGGGGAACGACAAUUUGGGUGUCCUGACACGAACGACGACCCGAAGACAACAAUGGCAAAUGACUCCAUCCAACUCACCCCCACACAGCUUCCGUUUUUCGCCUUUCUUUAGUCGAGGGAGAAGCUGUCUCUGUUGUGAAGUGGGUUUGAUAAAGAGGGUCUCGGCAGGGGGGGGUGGGGUGGACUGACCGCCGCUCCAGUGGGAUAUUUUAUUAGCAGUCUUUAUCGCGGCCGAGUGGGCAGACGCAGGGAGAUAGAGGGUGUGACAUGGCCAACGAGGAGGGAAGACAUACAUCCCUCCCAGAGCAGCUCAACGACGACAACAACAUCACCCUUCCAGACACUUCAGCUGCACAAGGGAGUGACCCUGGUGGGUUGUCAGUACUAGAGCAGCUAGGCUUGGACCACAGCUCCGAUUUCUCUGACUCCAGCGUUCAGCAGCGAUUGGACGAACAGCGAGAGCGCAUCCGUAGGGAAAUCCGGAAGGAGCUGAAGAUUAAAGAGGGAGCUGAGAAUCUCCGCAGAGUCACUACAGAUAAACGAAAUGCUCAGCAGGUGGAGAGUCAGCUGCGGAGCUCCAAUCGACGCCUGGACUCCCUCCACGCUCAGCUACAGGAGCUGGACGCUCAUAUCGUCGUCAAAGGGACGGACGAUUCGCGUGAUGAUGCUCCUCAGUCUCCGGGGGCAGAGAGCCGGUCUUCUGCGCAUAAGGAGAGAGUCGCUGCCCUGGAAAGGCAGUUAAACAUCGAACUCAAAGUCAAACAGGGGGCCGAAAAUAUGAUCCCCAUCUAUGCCAACGGCUCCACUAAGGAUAAGAAGAUGUUGCAGACAGCUCAGCAGAUGCUCCAGGACAGCAAGACAAAGAUUGACAUCAUUCGCAUGCAGAUCCGGAAAGCAGUGCAGGCCUACGAACACAACGAUGACAUACAAGGAAAGCCUGAUCCGUGUGGUAUGGAGCUACGGAUCGAGGAGCUCAGACACCAUUACCGUGUAGAGCACGCCGUCGCUGAGGGAGCAAAAAAUGUCCUUAGACUUCUUGGAGCCAGUAAAGUACAGGACAAGAAGGCCAUGUCAGAGGCUCAGUGUCGUCUGAGCGAGUCGUCUCAGAGGUUGGAUCUGCUGAGAGAUUCAUUAGAUCGGCGGUUAGCAGAACUUCCUGAGGAUCAUCCCAAAGCGUCAGUUAUCAAAGAGGAGCUGGUGUUAGCCUCCUCGCCAGCGUUCAGCUCUCGACACGGCGCCCCCUACAUGCACAACCAGUACAGCACACUCUCCAAACCCUCGCCCCUCACUGGCACUCUUCAGGUCACUUUGCUUGGCUGUAUGGGUGUGCUAGAGGUGGUGCCCGGACGUUCCCGCGGCAGUCAGGUAGUAUUGCCAUGUUACAGUCCGGGAGAAGGACGUUCCUUCAUGCGGAGUGGAAAAGGCCUGUACAGUCGCAGCGGCAGUGUCAGCGGAAAAACACCCCCCAAAACAGACGAACUCUCCUCUGAGGUGAGCGCAGUACUGAAGCUGGAUAACACAGUCGUGGGUCAGACAGCCUGGAAGAUGGUUGGAGAACAGGGCUGGGAUCAGACCUUCACUAUAGAGCUGGAGCGAUCCAGAGAGAUGGAGAUCGCCGUGUACUGGAGAGAUUAUCGAUCUCUGUGUGCCCUGAAAUUUCUCAAGUUGGAGGAUUUCCUGGACAACCAGAAACACAGAGUGCAGCUGGAGCUGGAGCCGCAGGGACUGCUGCUGGCGGAGGUUACUUUCUUCAACCCCGUGAUCGAGAGAGCUCCGCGGCUAAAACGACAGAAGAAAGUUUUCUCCAAACAGCAGGGAAAAGCGUUCUUGCGAGCUCGGCAGAUGAACGUCGAUAUCGGCACAUGGGUGAGGCUAUUGAGGAAUGCCAUACCAACCGUCAAUAACACAGGAACCUACAGCCCUCACGCACACACAGUACAGACAGGGGAGAUAUCAGUGGAGAAGUUGAGUUUAGACUAUGACUCGCCGAUGAAGGUGGACAUUCGUCGAGAUGUGCCGGAUACAAGCACUCCAGAGCGUCAACCCGCCACUGAUCCAGUCUCCGCCCCGGACGUCACCACACCUGAACGCCAAAUCAGAACACAUUCACUGAGCAGCAAACAGAAGAAGACUCCUUUGAGCCUGCAGGACUUCCGACUAAUAGCUGUUCUUGGCAGAGGCCAUUUUGGAAAGGUGCUUUUGGCGGAAUACAAGAAGUCAGGUAAUAUGUACGCCAUUAAAGCGCUGAAGAAAGGAGACAUUGUGGCCAGAGAUGAAGUAGAAAGUUUGAUGUGCGAGAAGCGUAUUUUCGAGACGGUGAACAGUACGCAGCACCCCUUCCUCGUGAACCUGUUUGCGUGUUUCCAGACCCCAGAACAUGUGUGUUUUGUCAUGGAGUACACGGCAGGCGGCGAUCUGAUGAUGCACAUACACGCAGACGUCUUCACCGAGCCCCGGGCUGUGUUCUAUGCCGCUUGUGUAGUUUUAGGGCUUCAGUUUUUACACGAUAACAAGAUUGUGUACCGAGAUCUUAAAUUGGACAACUUGCUGCUUGACACAGAGGGUUACGUGAAGAUUGCAGACUUUGGGUUGUGUAAAGAAGGUAUGGGUUUCGGGGACCGGACCAGUACGUUCUGUGGGACUCCCGAGUUCCUGGCUCCAGAGGUCUUAACAGACACGUCGUACACACGGGCCGUGGACUGGUGGGGACUCGGAGUGCUUAUAUACGAGAUGUUAGUGGGAGAGUCUCCGUUUCCAGGUGAUGAUGAAGAGGAGGUUUUUGACAGCAUAGUGAAUGAUGAAGUUCGUUAUCCACGGUUUCUUUCCUCGGAGGCCAUUGGCAUCAUGAGGAGGUUGCUAAGGAGAAACCCAGAAAGACGUCUGGGUUCCAGUGAGAAAGACGCAGAGGAUGUAAAGAAACAGCCUUUCUUCAGGAAUAUGGACUGGGAGGCUCUUCUCCUCCGUAAACUCCCUCCUCCCUUCCUUCCGACUAUCGGGAACAAAGAGGACGUCAGCAACUUCGAUGAGGAAUUCACAACAGAAGCUCCGGCUCUCACACCGCCCCGUGAACCCCGGGUGCUCUCGCGCAAGGACCAGGACAGCUUCCGGGACUUUGACUAUGUGUCCGACCUCUGCUGAGAGCGCCCUUCGCUGUGAUAGUGCUGUAGAGAGACCUUUCUGCUCCGUCACUCAGCCACGACGAGGUCAAGAGCGGCCAAUCCGAGUGUUUCGCCUCAAUUAUGAAUGUGCUGGACCUGAGAACACUGUGAUGGAAAAAACAGAGGAGUCCGAAAACAGUUAGAACCGGGUUAAAGACAGAAAUCUUUUCCGCCAGCAGGUUUAAAGGUGCAUUUGAUCAUUUUAUUUUUUUAUAGCGCUUCAGCUCAGACUGACACCUAGUGGAUUGGAUGAAGCAUCACACUAAAGUGGUCAGGUACUGAUACCAUGGUAGAAAAGCAUUAUUCACAGUUAGCCAUGAUUCAUUUAUUCAACUAGUCACGUGUGUUACUGAAACAGCUGGGUAGCAUUCACCCGGUCACGUGAUCUCAAAAUAGCCUCUUCAUGCAGAAUAAUACAGGCUACUUAUAUGAAUAGAGGCUUCAUCCCACAUGAACUUUAUUUAGAAGUGCUAUUUAUUGCGUUAGGCAUAACGCAUGUUUUAACAAAGAGAAAAAAUGGUCGAGUGCACCGAUAAACUUGCUGAAAUUUUUGGCUUGUCUUCUACUUUUGAAAAAUGCGCCUUUGUCUUAGUAAAGGUAACGUGAAGGUCAUUUUUUAAACUCGAAGCAAAUCAAUAAAGGUCGCACUGAAGCAUCUCGGUGAACUUUUGCAAGCGAUACGACCAAGAGCAUGCUGGGAAAUGCAUUUCUGUUCAGUCUCACAUUUAGGAACUGGUAACCACUGCAAAAUCUUCCUUCCAUUUCUCGUAUCAUGUCCAGUCAAACGGGACGAUGCUGUCUGAAUUAUUUGCCAUUCUCUAAGGAACUAGAUUAAGAGACACUUUUCUGCAGACACCGUGGCAUUUGAUGGAAAAAGAGAGUUGUUUAAUUAGGCUUGAAUAUUAAUGAACGUGUACUUGGAGCUAAAGACCUCUUUAGACUCGUUCAUCCUGGGUGUUUUCUCAUACUUCAAGCCCAUCGUCUCUUACGUGUUACUUGUGAAAGUGAAGCAUAUUGAAGUAGGACAGCUUGUUCUCCAUUCAUUAAGUGCACUUUAAGUAUGGUCACCUUAAUGAAUUUUUACAAAAGCAAACAAACAACCUUGUAUAUAAAGCUGGUCUGAAGAAAAAAUGCCUUAAAAUAUCGUUCCUUUCCGCCCUACCGUUGGCGUUUUUGCUUCAGCGAGGGAAACGGAUGACUAUAAAAUUCGAUCUUGAUUGGCUACAAUCAGCAAACAAAAAGAAAUCUUCAAUUUUAAAUAGGACAGCUUUUUCUGAAGCAGUUUUUUUUUUUGUGGGAGAACUGUCUUGUCUUAAAAAAAUUAAUGAAUGUCAUUAAACCAGAGUCCGUCAAGACAGUGUUUUGACAAAAUUUGGCUUGUUUUGAAGGUCUUUGAGAUCUUCUGCAUUUUGGGUUUUUUACUGGAAAAUGCAGAUGCCUGUUCAUUAUUUUCUUGAGGUCCAUUCAUUGAUUUUGUAUCUGUCAACAUUUUUAACAGCAGUUGGGUGAUAUGAUAAAUCUGAGCAAAAGGUAAAAACCACUUAUUCAAAUAGCAGAUACUUUGUCUCCUAGUUUUUUAAAUGUUUUUUUUAACAGAUAUCAGAUGUUAUCUGUUAAAUAGAUAGUGUUAUCUGAUUUUUAUUUUAGUCAUGAUACAAAUGAAUGGCGACUAGUGACUGUUAUGUGUUCUGGUUUCACACACAUUAUUACCUCAGAGCUGUUUUGAAGCCUUUGAAACAUCCUUUUGUGCAGUUUUUUAUUAGACAGUUUGUACGAACGGCACGCCGUGACAUAUCUGUUACUUGCGAGGAGCAGAUGAAUAAAUUUUGUAAGCAUUUUACUACACACACACACAAACAAUUGGGUGAAGCCAAAAAUGAACUCAUACACUCGCACACACUGUGAACAAAGUGUAGCAAAACGCAUACAUAAAAUAUGUCUAAAUGAAAGACGUGUGUCAUUUCACAGCAAAACGUCUCCUUUUUUUUUCCUCAAAUGGUAAACUGUCUGCAGAUUAAUGCAUGUCCUGUACAAUUAUACAAUUCAUCAAAGUUGUAUUUAUAAAGCUGUUGUUGAGAUGA